AUGGCAACCGAAGUGCAAGUCCUGCUCUCGCCGCUGAAAGGGGGGCACCCUCCUGCAGUGAAGGCUGGAGGAAAGCGAAUUUCCAAAAAACAAGACAUUGGAGUCUUGGAGAGACAAAGCAAAAAAUCCGGAUUAGAGAAGACAAGUGCCAUUGCGAAUGCUGCCAAAAUCCAGACGCUGGACGUACUGAAUGACACUCUGGACAAGCUCAACCAUAAAUUUCCGGCAACAGUGCACACGGCACAUCAAAAACCCACACCUGCUCUGGAGAAGGUCGCUCCGCUGAAAAGGAUCUACAUUAUUCAGCAGCCUCGGAAAUGUUAAGCCAGCAUGUAAAACCCAGCCGUCUGGCUGACUGCCUG